AUGAGCCUAACAUUACCGUCGCGGGUGCUUCUCCAGGGUGCUAAGCCCUUCACAUCAACCGCCACCCCGACGACGACCCUCCUCCUUCCGAUCCGCACUCUCCACGCAACCCCAGCAAAUCACUGGUUCUGGCGGAAGAAGAAGACCGAAUCGACCACUCCGCUCGAAGAAAAACUCGCCGGCCCGUCCGACCUCCGUAAGAAGAUCAUCUCCAAGCUGACCCAGCGCGUCGAAGGGCCUGCCAUCUUCGAAGAUGAAGUCCCCAAGCCCACGUCUCCCGCCGCCCUGCCCCCUGGCGCUCCCGGCGCUCCCGAAGCCCCCUCCACAUCACGCACCAAAGCCGGCGCCUCUUUAGUCCGCGAGCACCUCGCUCGCGCAGUCGACCCAAACCCCCGGGCGCGCGCUCGCUGGGAGAGGAAGAUGCUCAUCCGGGCCGUCCACCGCGGUCUGAACCCGUACAGCGCAGAAUCCCGCGAAGCACGGAUCAUGCGCACAGAGAGACAACACACUUCCCGGUCGCCCUGGCUGCCGACAUCCGUCAAGAAGCUUGUGAAAUUAGCGCACCAAAUCACUGGCAAGACGGUGCAGGAAGCGAUCGUGCAGAUGCGCUUCAGCCCGAAGCGCAUGGCGCAGGAGGUCAAGAUCCAGCUGGAGCAGGCACGGAACGAGGCGAUUGCACAGCACGGUAUGGGGCUGGGCGAGGCAAGGAGGGCAGCGGCCAUCGCGAGAGGCGAGCAAAUACCUGAGCCCAAAGUCAUUGAGAUCCAGACGAAGGACGGGAAGUGGAUUAAGGUGGAUGAUCCGACGCGGUUGUAUGUGGCAGAAGCCUUUGUCAACCGCGGUCCGUGGCGUGCCCUGGAGCCCGAGUAUCGUGCUCGCGGUCGGAUGAACAUUCUGCGCAGGCCGCAAGCUCGCAUUACCAUCGUCCUUAAGGAGGAAAAGACUCGCAUCCGCGAGUACCAGGAGCGUCUGGCAAAGGAGCGGCGCCAGGGCCCCUGGAUCCCUCUGCCCGACCGCCCCAUCUCUGCCCAACAUCAGCACUACUGCUGGUAG